AUGGUACGCCCAAUACUACCUAAUAGUCACUAUACCGUGGCUUGGAUAUGCGCCCUUCCAGUGGAAAGAGCUGCAGGGUGCUCCAUGCUCGAUCUGGAACACGAUGGGCCAUCUGAGGUCAGCCUCGGUGAUGAUAAUGCCUACCAGCUAGGCAGCAUUGGGAGACACAACAUAGUCAUCGCCAGUCUCCCCCUAGGAUCUUAUGGCACGACAAGUGCCGCUGUUGUCGCAACACAAAUGAAAUCGACCUUUCGUUCGCUAAAAGUCUACCUAAUGGUCGGAAUAGGCGGCGGGAUCCCAAAGCCGUCUCACGACAUAAGGCUUGGGGACAUAGUUAUCAGCAAACCGGAAAACAAUCUCGGAGGGGUCGUACAGUAUGACCUUGGAAAAACCGUGAAGAGAGGGCAUUUUGAGCGGUGUGGCAGCUUGAAUAAGCCGCCACAGAUUCUACUUACUGCGAUAGCAGGUCUCCAAGCCAGUCAUGAACUGAAAGGGAUAAACAAAAUUCGAAAUUACUUAUCAGAGGCAUACCAAAAGCAUCCCAAUCUAGUAGAGGCCUACACACACCAAGGCCAGGAGCACGAUGUAUUGUAUAAGGCCGAUUAUGAACAUGAAGGGGAUACUACCUGCGAAUCUUGCAACACCGACGAAGUGGUCUCGCGCAAAGUCCGAAAGAACAUGUAUCCUGUCAUUCAUUACGGAACCAUAGCUUCAGGGAACCAAGUGAUCAAACACGGUGUAACUCGGGACCGCAUCGGCGAUGAUUCCGGGGCUAUAUGCUUCGAAAUGGAAGCCGCCGGUUUGAUGGAUCACUGUCCAUGCUUGGUCAUUCGAGGAAUAUGUGACUACUCAGAUAGUCACAAGAAUAAACGUUGGCAACCUUACGCUGCUCUAACCGCCGCGGCGUAUACGAAGGAACUUGUUUCUCAAAUUGCUCCUUUAGGUAUUUCGUCUCCACUAUCCCUAGAGUCAAGUAGUCCUCAAUAUACUAAUUUGCAAAUUACGGCACAAGCGGGCAGCACUAUGAGGCAAGAUCCUCGUCACGUCGCGAAACAACAUAUCUUUGAUAUUCCUAGAAUUCUACACCCCCAUUUUAGCGGACGUCAAAAGUAUCUACAACAAAUAUAUGAUGCACUUCACCGCGGUUCUACCAGCGAAAGGGGAGCAAUCGUCUCGAUCUUCGGUAUACCUGGGGUCGGGAAAUCUCAGCUUUCCAUUAAGUAUGUAAUGGAGAACAGAAAUGGAUACAAUUUUGGCUUCUACGCGAUAGCCAAAACCGUCGAUCAUUGGCUCAGUAGCUGUACUAAUAUUGCCCUGGCUUUAAACCUACCCGGAGCGGGAUCUAUCGACCAAGGCCAAAUAACACAGGCUUUAAAGAGAUGGUUUGCUAGUAAUACUGAUUGGGUCCUCAUCAUUGAUGAUGCUGCAUCAUCCGUCGUAGAGCUGCUCCGAAGCUCUUUGCCUCAGAACCUCAACGGCCAUGUAAUCCUAUCCACGAGGGACAAGCACAUUGCACACGAAUUUUGCCCUUCAGCAUGUUGUAUUCAACUUCUGGAGAUGGAUUUAACCGAAGGCAAAGAAUUGGUACUGAAAAUAUCUAGCCGGGAGGGAGAUACUUCUGAAGUUGCAGAAAGAAUCAGUCAGGAACUAGGUGGCCUUCCACUUGCGUUAGAACAAAGUGUAAGGUGUGCAGUGCAGAGAUGUUGGAAUCUCAGUACACUCUUUGAUAAUCUACAGGAAAGCAAACUACAGGUGGUGAAGGAUCCGAUAGAAAACUCGCACCAUGCCGAUGUUAUCACAACCUUAGACAUAGCUCUCAAGGAAUUAGGUCCAACCCAUAUCGACAUCUUGAAACUUAUCCUAUUGAUGCGCCCGCAAGCUCUCCCUUUGGCACUUUUGACAGACGGUGCCCCUGAUUUAUCAUACGUCCGCGGUGAAUAUCAUACAAGAGACGAAACCAAUGAUAGCAGUGGCGGGAUCAAUGCUGCACCAACCAAAGAGAGCAAAAUAUGGAGGAAGCGGAUCCAGAACCGAUUCACAGGGCUAAGACUCAUGAAGUCCAAAACCAAAUCCGAAUUUACGGUAUCCCAACAUGAAAACACCAUGAAACUUCGGGCUUUUAAUCACAUGAGAGGCAUUCUUCAGUCAAAGUCGGAACUCGAUAAAGCGAUAUUAGUUUUAGAGAAAUCAUCAAUAGUUCGACGGUCAGAGAACGGGAGGAUCUGGGUGCAUGACCUUUUUCGGGAGAUAUUACAAUUCAAGAUCGAAGAAAGUGAAAGAAAGGUUUUCGUGCAGUACGCUGCACAAAUCGUCGGCCGAGGAUUCCCGGUCGAAUCGUUCCAUACCAAGUCGGCCAUUUGCAGUUGUUACCUCCCGCAUGCACUCGAGGUGAUGAUGCUGCUAGAAAAGUACAAUCUGCACAACAAAGAAACACUAUUGACGAUGAGAUCUAUUGGAAAGUAUUACUCUUGCUCUGGAAGAAUCAGUGAAUCUUUACGAUGGUCUCAACACUUGCUCAAAAUCACAAACGAUACACUAGGGCAAGGCCAUCGAGAAUCAUUGAUAAUAAUGGCCGAGGUCGGCACAAUUUUAGGCGCUCAAGGGAGCACCGACGAGUGCCUGCAAAUGAAUACCUGCGUCCUGAUCGGUCUCGCAGGAUCUGACUUUAUACAGUAUGCUCGUGACCGAUUUGCCAGCACCAAUAAUCUCGUUGCCUCUGCCGAAAACAAAGGAAUAGAAGUCUUUCAGUUGUGCCAAUGCGUACUGAGGGCAAUAGACUGCGAUCAAGACCAUAUGGCUUGUCCAGACUGGGAAUCAAUACUCAUAGUUAUUGGUAACAUUGUAUCUAAGCUUACCCAUCACAUUACUCCUGGUGAAGGUACCGAGUUCUAUAGGGAAAUGCUCGCUACAGAAGUAAAAAUUAUGGGCGAGGAAGACCCAUCGACAGCCAAUACUGCUUGCAGUCUCAUAAACUUCCUUAUACUUUAUGAAAGAUAUGAAGAAGCAUUGGAGCUCUGUAACCAUUUCAUUCCCAUAAUGAUAACGAUUUACGGUGAAAAUGACUGGCCAACAUUGAAUAUUUUGUACCGUCAAGCUAUGGCGUUCUUUGGGCAGGGAAAUUAUGAUGAAGUUAGGCAGAUAUUGGAGAUGGCAAUCUCCAGGGUAAAGAAUACGUAUGGAGAAGAUCAUCCCUUUGUGUACCAAAGUAUCAGGGGGCUAGGUCAAGCAUUGGAGAGGCAAGGUCAUGAUGAUGAAGCUCUGGCAUACUUUGAGCAGGCUUACUCUGGCUCGCAGAGAUUCUUUGACAAUAACCAUUACGAAGUACAACUCACGGCUCGAUGUAUAAGACAUCUUAAGGAGAAGCUUGACAAUGACAGGGUGCCGGAGGUUUUGAGAUAUCUAUAUACUACUAGAUCUAUAGAAUGUAUAGAGGGGAAUCGGGACUAG